AUAAAAGCUAGAGAGAGAAAGAAGAGAGAGAAGAGAGUUAUUAAAGAGAAAAUUUUCUUGGGUUUGCAGUAUGUUUUGGGUUUUGGGUGCAUUCUUCUCUCUCUAAAUCUGAGCUGUGAAAGAUCAAAUCUCUGAGAAACCACCAUCUUAUCUAGCAGCUAUGAGGAUCAGGCGACGCCAGGUACCGUUUCUUCUCCCUCCUCCCCCGCCGGCACCGCCUUCAGAUCUCCCUCCCAACCCCUCUCCGCCGGUGCAACACCACAACCACCACAUGGCCUCUCACCCACAUGAAAAUCUGUCUCCACAGCAACUCCAGACCGACCACUUCCGCCCACCGCCGCCGGAUCAAGCGAAUCAACGUGUCUCGCCUAUGGGAGCCGGAGCCGACGGGUGGGAUUGGCCGGAAAUGGAGAAGAAAGAGUGUUUGGAGUUGGGAGGGGAUGAAGAGGUUGAAGAUGAGGGUUUGAGAGAUGGAGAGAAGAGUAAUGAUACCAGGAAGGGAAGCAUCUUUGGUGCAGAAACUGGUUCUGGGGUUGUGCCAUUUUCAAGUUCUUCUGAUCAAGUUGGAAGGUGGUGUGAGGGAGAGAAAGCGUUUCCAUUGAAGAAGAGAAGAGGGAGCUUUGAAAGGGGAGGAGGAGUAGUGCCGAUGAACCAAGAAACGAUAAUGGAGAAAGAGAAGAAGAUGAAGACCAAGAUGAAGACCAAGAUGAACAAGAAGUGUGUUCAGGAAAACGAUGAUGAGGAGCAUGGAUCAGAAAGAGAAACCAAACAAGGAUUUGAUAGCUCCACCACCACCACGACCGCCGCCGCCUCCAGUGCAAAGAAGAGGUCUAGAGGUGGUGCACUCAUGGAGGGAUCCAGGUGCAGUCGUGUUAAUGGCCGAGGAUGGAGAUGCUGCCAACAAACCCUUGUGGGCUACUCUCUGUGCGAGCAUCACCUGGGCAAGGGAAGGCUGAGAAGCAUGAGCAGUGUCCGAAGCCGCGCCAUCGCCAGGAAUCAGACCCAGGAAUUAUUCAACCCUUUAUCACAAUUACCCCAGAAAAACCAGGAGCAGGAGCAUCCUCUACAGGAAGAUAGAGCAGACGUAGCUGAUGAUGAGAAGCCAUUCACGGGUGGUGCAAAGAAGAGGGUGAAGAUCGGGAUGGUGAAAGCUCGAUCCUUGAGCAGCUUGCUAGGUCAACCAAGCAGUGCGGUUGCAGUUGCUGCUGAUGAUAACAAGUAAUGAAGGCAAUAUUUCAUGUGGGGAGGGAUUGAGUGAAGGAGAAUCAAGCUAGUGCAACUACUAUCAUUUUGUUUGGGAUUUUCCCAAGUGUUGAAGAACAAGUCCCCUUUAUCAAGUGCCCUCACAUUCUCACUGUGGCCUUAUUUUAUGAGUGAUGGGUCUAAUAGUAAAGAAGCAGCUCAGAUUUUUCAUUUUCUUUUUCAGUUUAAUGGAUAUUUUGGGCCAGGAAUAUAUGUACUUCUAUAUCUUUUCUUAUAUUUUGUGGGGAGCCACUGCAAAACUCCCAUCUCUCUCUUGACUCAUGCACUGCACUCACAUGCGCUGCAAACUGAAUUUUGAUUUAAAAACUACAAGGAAAAGAUCAAGAUUUGUUGAAUGGAUGAUCGAUCCAUCAAGCUGUUAA